UUGGUUGGUGUCUUUUUCACAGGCUGGAUGCGAUUGUAUUGCAGAUCAUCAACAUCAUGGAUGCGUGGACAUGGGGUGCCGAGUGCAAGAAAGGCGAAGCUCCCACCAGUACCUUUUUCUCUGGCGUGUCAACGCUGUCGAAUGUGUGGCGAGCAACUGGGAACCACAAGAAGAUAAACAAAGUUGCAUCGGAGAACAAUUUCACGCCGUUGGAAUGCAAGUGUAUCUUCAAAUUACCUGGGAAGUGCUUGAAAGGUAGAUGGGGGUCGCUGUACGGAGUGCUCGUGAUAAUUAUCGGCGCUGUCGUGAUCCUGAGGGUCGUCUUCGAAUCUAUCUGGGGGAAGCUCGGCGCCCUUCUUGAGGUUGCGAAGGCUGGGCGGCGCGACGACGACGACGUCGCCCAGAUCAGGGCCAAGGUGGCCGACGAUGCUCGCAGGGACCUUGCUCUGCGGCUACUGGCUGCGUCCGUGGACGACUUGAGCACGCCCGAGGGCGACUUCCCCUGGAAGCUCAGGGAGCGGUACAAGAGGGAGAUCGAGGAUGCUUCGCGGGACGGUCGCUGUGACGCAUCACUUCACGGAGCAGUCUCGCUUUACCGAAGCAAGCUUGACUUCCAGACCCAAGAUCUCGAGGGCAGGAACUCGAAGCUGCAGGGUAUCUUCACCAGAGCUCCCGCCAUGGGGCGAUCGCUUGCGAACGCGAGGAUGUCGAUGUGCUUCGGUGAGAAGAUCGCAGCUCGAGAAUGCGAACGAGAACGCGACGCUGUUGUGGAGCACACAAAGACUUCAGAGCACGCGAACCAGUUCUGCCAGAUUGUUGUAAGGAAGCCCAUGGAGGCUGCGCCCCCGCCAAUCCCAGGCCGCGCCGAGGACUUGGACGAGCCAGACGACCUCUUGUGCCGCGCCCUCGCAGUUGUUUGCCGCAAGGUUUGCGCGGACGAGAAAUGCAGCAUCAACGCGUCGAUGGUAUACAAGGUUGAGGCCGUGAACGGCGAGUUCUUCUACGCGGCGUUCGGGUGGACGUACUGCGCGAGAGUCUUUGCGAUCGAGUGCCAGAUGACGGACCACGACGACGAUGGCGCGCUCGCAUGGAAGUUACUGCAUCCGAUACAGCCACGGGCACUCGACGCCAUGAUCAAGCUGAAUUGCACAGCCGAGGAAGAGGUCGACCUCGACGUGAUGAUGGAGGAGUUGCUGGAGGAGAUCGAGGGCGUCGAAGAGGAUGAGGAGCAUGCUGCCGAUCCAGUCGCACCUCGUGAGGAUGAAGAGCGGGAGGAACACGUCGAAGACCAGCCGUUGGACCCAGAUGGCAUCGAGCCCGAACCUGACCCAUACGUUCCCGACGACGAGCCCGAACCAGACCUCGAUGAUGCCGUCCACGCGGGGCCCGAGCCAGCUGGCCCUGCCCCGCUGGUACCACUCGCAGUUCGCGAGAACAAGGAUCGCGUCCAGAACGCCAAAGCCGAAAUGGAUAUUCGCAAUGCUCGUCCCAUCACGGACGAUUGCACGUCCCUUGUGAAGUUGAUUACCGACGACGGAGUCGAGGAGGUGCUGUUCAUUGCGUGGACCGGCUUCGCUAAGAGACUGGGCAGGAAGCAGUCGCUGGACAAGAAUAACAAGCCCAUCACGAUCAUCGGCUUCGCAGUGCCCGUGAAGGACUACAGCAACUCGCUAAUCAUCAUUGGCGAUGCACCCGUGGUCCGAGGUAAAUUCAAAAAGCACGAGCGGCCUGACAUCCCAGAGUGGUGUCUGUUUAUCGAGGAGCUCGAGAGCAUUCGGAUAUGGCCUGGACCCGCUGAGGGCGACGGGUCCUGCGUGCAGUGUGCCACCCAGACCGACGACCCCAUGUACAAGUGCACCGAGUGCUUGUCCGCGUGGCACGUUGGCUGCGCCCGCGCCAAGAGCACUCCAGUGGGCCCAGCCUUCACCUGGAAGGGCGAUGCCCUUGCCUCUUCCAUGAGCUGGAAGGGCGUCUUCCAUGAGAUGGCAGACCUCUGGAUCAGGGCUUCCAUGAGAUGGAAGGGCGUCUUCCACAGGAUGGAAGGCGGCCCUCCGAGCGAGGCACGACCCCACGAUGCUUUGGUGCCAGCCGCGGCCUCGCUUCCUACCAUGACCGAGCUGCAACAUAACAAGUACACUGCCUGCCCAUCGUUCGUAGCUCGAGUUGGGGAGAGGCCACUUCAAGAGCAGAAGCAGAUCUGUGACAGCCUCUACAUGAUCGAUCCUCCAUACAACCUUCAGCUCGUUGAUGCGGACGGCGAAUGGACGACUCUGCGGGGCCCGUGUAACGCUGGCCGUGGCGGUAAAGGAUCCGUGGAAGAGAAGCAGCAGUCGGUGGAGGAAGUCGGCAUCAUUGCAGUUCGGGCACCACCGAGGAUGCGAGAGAAGGUAGUUGAAGGUAAGAAGAAACAUGCACUGCUCAGCUGGGCGACGUUGCUGGAAGGCGCCCGCCUUGCAUACGAGAAGGACAAUGAGAAGGAGAACAAGGCCCUUCAGCUAUCCAUUGCCAAUGGCAUCCAGAGGGCAGAGUUGUACGAGUCUGCCAUGCCAGUCGACGCCGCUAAGUUCAUCAUCAACUUCGACAACCAGGUCAACGCAGUCGUCACGGCCAUAACGUUCGUAGAGUCUGCCAUGCGUACUUCAGAGGUCGAGCCUGCGUGGAAGCAGAAGAAGGAUAAGAUGUGCUGGGCUAUUGCUGGCCUGACACAGCCAGUUCAUGACUCUAAGAAGCUCAAAUUCGCAAAUGGAAUGUUCCCGAAAAUGUGGUGUAGCUACGCGCACUACGAGGAGACGAACUUCUGGUUCAAGCACGGCAGCACGACGGUUUGGAAGGAGUUCGAGGCCAAGGCAUUGGAGUUGGUUGACUUCUCGAGCGAGCCCAUGCAGGAGGCGGUCAACUCCUUGCUCCAGGACGUCGCAGAGUCCGAGAGCCUGAAGGGGACGAGGCUCGAGCAUGCGAUGGCGAUCGUCGCUGAGUCAUUGGCAGAGAUGGAGUCGAACAGCAAGCGCGCGAUCUCGCUCAUCCAGGCCAUCGCCGACUACAUGAGGACAAAGAUCGACAGGGCGCACGUCCAGGAAGACAAGAUCGCGGCCUUCGUGAACAUUGCCAUGGCAGGCGUCAUGAACGACAAGGUCAUUCUCAAGCCGAUGCCGAGCAUGAAUGAGAAGGUCAUCAAGGGGUUGAGCAGCUUGAAGAAGGUGUUCAAGGCUGAUGCGUACAUGGAGGCUUCUUGUGGGGUAAGCAAAAAGCAACCGCCCUCAAACCUGAUUUUCCAGCCGGCCUUCUUGGGCAACAGACUGCUGCCGGCUUGGUUUAUCCCCCUGGGUCCUUCGCCCUUCAGGCCAUCGGAUACCGAUUUCAAUGCCAAGUCGAAUCUCCAAGAGAUCGUCUCCUGCCUGGAUGAUCGCGGGCCGCAGCUUACGGCAUACGGCGCCACCGAGUUGAUCGACGACCUCGCGGCGUCGGCCUUCCACCUUCUUCAGUACAUGACGGAGUGUCCGCCUGGGGCGCCAUUGCUCGGGCUGAAAGGGCCAGCAGACAGCAUGAAUGCAGCGAUGAUGGCGUGCUUGUCGGCCAGCAACCUCAAGGAGCAGGGGGGCGCCUUCCAUGCGAAGAAAGACGCGCAGGACUGUGUGACACAGAACGCCCUCCAACAGGUCAACGCUACAUUACCAGACAGGUUCGACUCGGUCAUCGAGCUCAUCAGGAGGAUCGAGAACAGCAACGAUCAGGACAUCAUCGACGUCAUGUUGAAAAACCAAGUGUUCAGCAGGCUGAAGGAGAGCAACGUGGGUUUCACCUACAUCUUCAAUCGGAGGCUGCAGCUGUUCAUUCACAUCGCUUCAGGGAUCGGGUCCCAGAAGUGCAUUAUUCGCCAAGGGCCAGUGGCGGCCGAUACUGAGUACUUGACUCCGCUUGUGCUCAACGUGCUGAGAGGGUGCUCUGAAGAUAUCGGCAAGCUGAGCAGGCCAGACAUGGAGUACUCCCUGCUGGGCACGCUUGCGCAGGACAUCGGCGCCAAGAGUUUCAACGAGAUCGCGCGUCUGAUGAUGGACACGGCCUACGACUUCCACGACUUCUGCUUGGCCAACGACGGCGUCAAGUUCAGUGCAGAGAAGGAGCAGUUGCUUGCGUGCCUGCAGAGGUCGACCACUGGGCAGUUCAACAAGCUUGCGAAGGAGAAGGUGAAGAGUCCUACCCUGAUGGAGGUGGGCGACGACAUCAUCGUGGCGAAGCGGGCUGAGAAGGCAGCGCGCGUGGUCAGUGAGUUUGCCGCAGAACGUCCACACCUGGCCCGAGCAUUGAGCAUGCUGAUCGACCCGUUCGGCAUCCUCGUGAAGGACUUGAUGGAGAAACACAUCGUUACGCGCCAGCCUCCCGUCGUGGUCGCAACUACUGCGGCUAAGGUCGACGCGAAGAACAACCCCGUGCCACUGCUGGCGCACAUGGCCACCGUGUGCAACGGGGAGCGGCAGACAGAGCCGCCUGAGCCCAAGUACGGUGAGCUGCCCGACGUUGUGCUCAACGAGUUGAAGCAGACUGUGGGCCUCGAGAUUGCUCGCCUUCGUACCACCGACGUCGGAGACAUCUUCUGCGAGGUCAAGACGGCUGGGAAGCGGACCAUACUUGAGCUAUCUCGGCGUGAGACAAAGGACUCGAUUGGAAAGGUGCUGAAAGUCGAGCUACCAUACAUCGGUAAGGUCAUUGACGCCAUCAAAGCUGAGGGGACUUCGAAGAACGUGCUCAUGGAAUUGAAGCCUGUGUCCAGGGAGGGCUACAUCGACGGCCCCGAGCUCUUCUUGGACGGUUCCAACGUGAUGAAUCCGAAGCGCUCGACUUUCUGCCCAGCAUUCGCAGUGCCCCUCAUCCCGAAGCCGACGACGACGACAGAUACUAAGAAAAACGGGAUGCUUGCUGAGGGUGAGGAGCCUGAUAAGAAAAAACUGAAGUCGAUGCACGGGCUGAAAUACACUCCACACGGCACGCUCCGUGUGGCCUGGAACGACUUCGAGGUUAAAGUCAUGGACGGCCUUACGCAGUUGAAGUUCAUGUACAGCAGGCCGUUUCUCACGAACACCGACGACUACGAUCCCUCUGUGGCCCGCGGCAAGCCUGUCCAUCGGGUCCGUUCGGAGUUUGACGAUGUAGAGGUCAAGAAGUUCAAGAAGGACAAGCUCGCCAAGAAAGCGUUCGCCCAGCAGUAG